AUGUAACCAUUAAUCCUAACAUAAUGGACAAGGGUGCUAAGAGAUCAUACUUAAAAAAAUAAUCAUUAAAAAUUUAAAGUUAAAGAUUAGACUCUUUUAAUGAAAACAAACUUUUCUCAAGUUUACAUUUGCAAAUUAGACAAAUAAGAAUAAUAGAGCAGCAACGAUGCUUAGUAAUUUUAGGAUAAAUCUUAUGUUCUCAAAAGAGUUGAGUUAACAGGUGAUUAUUAGAGUGAGUUACUUGAGCCAAGCUUUUAAUUCAUACUAAAGCAUGAAAACAUAGCCUCUAUAAUAGAUUACUAGGUGAUAAAUAAUUAAUUAGAAAUUUUGAUGGACUAUUAUCCUGAAGGUAGUAUUGUAAACUACUUGCAAAAGAACUAAGAAUGGCCUUGGUUGGAGCGUUUAAAGAUUUUUGUGAAUAUUACUAACUGUGUCUAAUUUAUUCAUUACAAUGAAUUAAUACAUAAAGAUUUGAAGUUAUUAAAUAUUUUAAUUGAUUCGAAAGGAAAGCCCUCUAUUACAGAUUUUGGAAUAUCUGAGCUUUAGGCUUGUAAGUAAAUAUAAUAAAAUAAAUAUGGAACUGCCAAGUAUAGUGGAAAGGAAUUUUAAUUAGAUAGCAAUAUGAAUCUUGACGAUCGUUCUGACAUAUAUUCAAUUGCUGUUAUUUUGGUAGAACUAACACUCUAAAGAGGUAUUUACUAGAAAGAAGUGAGCUAGUCUGUUGAUCUUACUAAAGAAAAAGGAUUACUCUCUGAUGAUGCUCUAGAUUUCUUAAAAGGAAUGAUUGAUUACUCUUCAAAAUAAGUUAGACCUAAUUCUUAAGAAGUAAACUCCUUUUUUGAAUAUGAAUACUAUGCCAGCUGUUUAUAUCAGUUUUCAGAAAAGUCUAAAUAUCCUAAUUUCUCAAUAUUCAAAAAUAAAUUAGCAAAGGAUAAAGGAGAAAUGGAAAUAGGAUUGUAUAAUAAAAUAUGGAGUGAAAAGAGAGGAGAUAUAAUAAAGGAAAUCUUACCCUACUACUUGAAUGAGAAAACUAAAUAGAAUUUUUAUUAAAUAUAGCUUUAAGUUAUUACAAAUACAGUUGAAUCUGCAAUUCAACUAAAUUUAUUAAGCUUUGUAAAAUCAGACUAAAAAUUAUUUAAAAAAACCAUAAAAUCAUUUGAAUAGUACAAACAAUACUGGGGAAGUAUCUCUUUUAUGGUUUUUGAAAUUUUACUUGAUGAAUAGGACUCCUCUAAAAACAUAAAAUUAAUAGAAACUUAUUAAAAUUUAUAAUAUUUUUUCUUAAAAAAUAUAUUUAGUGGAGUAUACAGUGAGUUGCUGAAAACAUAAAUUGAAUUCUCAAUCAUAACUAUGUCAAUAAAAAUGCUAAAAGAAUAAAAUUUGAUUUCUGAUUUUAUUAAUGAUGUUAAAUAAAUUUUGGAAGAGAUUAUAGAUAAGGACUGUGAAAAACUACUUAUUGAAGAAAUUGAAGAAUACGUUGCAAAUUGUGGAUUUUACAAAUAAUCAGAUUUUUCUCUUCUAUUCAAUGAGGAGUUAUAUAUUAAUAGAUCUCUUCAACAAUAGGAUAUAUAUCUUAAUAAUUAAUCUUAUCAAUUGAGUUUUUAAAAACCUAACAAAUAAAACUAAAAUUCAAGACAAGGACUUUAACUAAUCUUGAAUAUGUUUCAGUAUAUAUCUUCCCAAGAUAAUUAUAUAAAUCCUGAAGAUUCAUAAUAAACAAAUAAAGAAAAUCAAGAAUAAGAGAAUAAACCAAAUGGAAGUAGCUUAAAAGAAAUGUAUGAUUUUGUUAGUUAAAUAGCUAGUAACUAAAAGCAAAGUUAUUAAUUCAAGAGCGAUGAAAUAUUUAAUUCUCAAUAUGAAGUUCAAAGUGAUGAUUUUUUAGAUGAUGAUGGUGAUAGCUAUGACGAUUUGACUUUACCAAAAAGGAAGAAUUAGGAAAAUUGA